GCUCAAUGAGGGCCAGUUGCACUUCAGAAAUUUUCAUCUACUAUGCAUUUCCUGGAACUGUGAAUGUGUGUACAGAAGAACAACUGUGAUAAUUUAGAGGCUCUUCUCUACCUGUUUGUUUUUUCCCUUCAGUUAGCUGGUGUUAGAAUGGAUGACGACUGCAAUGGCCAUCCCUACAUGUCAGSUAUGGAGGGCAGGGCAUGGACAGUCCUUUGUAUUAGCUGACUUACUGACCUUAUGGUUGUGACAUUAUUGAGAUGACUGAAUGGACUGUCAGUAGGCCUGUGUGGUGUGUGUGUGUGUCUGUCUGUCUGUGUGUGUGUGUGUGUGUGGACUGCAGGCAGUGGAGACUCUUCGAGGGAGUUUUCAGGGGCCAUGGGAGGCCGCACAGUGAGCACCCCCAACAGCCAGCACACUUCCCCCAGCCGUUCUCUUAGUGCUAACUCCAUCAAAGUGGAACUGUACAGUGAUGAGGAGGUGGGCCGUGGCACAGGGCCAGAGGAUGAGAAAGGGGACAAGGUGGAGGAGGGGGAUUCUGAGCAGGGAGGAGAGGCAGGAGGUGGCUACAGGGAGCUGGCCAGUCCGGAGCCCAUGUCACCAGGAGGUGCCAUCCGGCUGCCCAAUGGGAAACUCAAGUGUGACYUCUGUGGGAUGAUCUGCAUUGGGCCCAAUGUCCUCAUGGUGCACAAACGCAGCCACACAGGUGAGCGGCCAUUCCAGUGCAAUCAGUGUGGGGCCUCCUUUACCCAGAAGGGGAACCUGCUGCGUCACAUUAAYCUGCACUCAGGGGAGAAGCCCUUUAAAUGUCCCUUCUGCAGCUAUGCAUGCCGCAGACGGGACGCUCUCACCGGCCACGUCCGCACUCACUCGGGUGAGAGGGAUACACAUACUGUACACACAUUAUCGCACACACUUGGGUGAAGAAAAGAGGGUCUGAGUUGAGCCUGUCAGUUCUUGAGCAAAGUACAC